UUGCCCAUUGCUUCCCCUUCAAAGUUUUCAACCUCACUCACUCACAAAAAGGCAAAAGAAAGGCAUUCAAGGAAGUGAACAUCAGAGUGGAAGAGUAGAUACACACAGGAGAAUUAGUUGAAGAAGAUGAAGAUGAGCAAUAGUUCGAUGGGUUCCUCUAAGAGAAGACUAUCAAGCAGAGGACUUGGAGGUAUCAUCAGAGAACAGAGAGGCAGACUCUACAUAAUAAGGAGAUGUGUAGUCAUGCUUCUCUGCUGGCAUGAUUGAACUGCUUGGUGGAGACGUUAAAUAUUUCCCUAGUCGCCGGGGAUCAUCGUUGUCGACCUACCGCCUUUUUUUUUUUCUUCUUUUUCUCUUCUUCUCUUUUGAGUGUAAAUAGCAGAAAGGCCAAUGUUAUGAGAAUUUUACUCAGUUUUGUAUCAGAAAUGCCCAUUUGGGAAAAUAUCCUACAAUGAAAAUUUUUUCUUCAAA